AUGACGGUGGCGGUACAUAUCAACUUGCAUGAUAUGCACCUGCCCACGGUCAAGCAGGUGGCCAAGGGGCUCAAACACUCCACGCCCACGUUUCUCAAGAUCACGAAUCUUCUAGUCAUGUUCCUUGCGACCCUAGGCUUCGGCGCGGGCUUCUUCUCGCUGCUCUCCGCGAACGACGCCAUCCGCGGCGCCGUCCCCAUGGAGCGCCUGGGCGCGUCCGUGCUCCUGGUCGUGUCCUUCUUCCUCCUCAUCACCAGCUGCGCCGGGUACCAGUCCGUGGUCACGCACAACUACGUCCUCCUCUUCCUCUACUUCACCUUCAACGUCCUCCUGUACACGCUCACCAUCUGCACCGCCGUCGCCGUGUGGGUCGACCUGCCCAACGUCGCGUCGCAGAUCCGCCACUUCUGCGAGAGCCACGCGAAGCAGUUCCCCUCGUGCCAGGACGACCUCCCCGCCCUCAAGCUCGAGGUGGAGGACCACCUGUCCACCGUCCUGCAAGCGUCCUUUUCGAUCGCGCUCGUGCUGCUCGCCAACAUGCUCGCCGCGUUCGGCGUCAUGGGGAGCGUCCCGAAGCCCACGCUGCACGGCCAGCGCGGCGGGUUCCACUACGCGCGGGACCCCCUCGGGGGGAGUCCGCGCGCCAUGAGUCAGGCCGACCCCGUCGAGGACUGGGACUACGACGUCGGGGCGAUCCACGACUUCGGGAUCGGACCGAGCCGGGCGGACUCGCCGACGGGGCUCCCCGUGGGCGCGCUGAGCGGGAGCCUGGCGGCGGCGCGCGCGGCGCGGGCGGUGAAGCGGGACCUGGAGCAGCCGCUGGUGCAGGCGGGGUCUGACAGCGACUGA